CGCUGCUCAGUUCCCCUCCGACGUUGAGGCUGAACGGUCGCAGUCUUCUUUCCUCUCUCUCUCUGUCUCUCUCUCUGUCUGCCUGCCUGCCUGCCAAGCUACCACCACCACCACCACGACGAGGACGACGGUGAAUUAUAUUAUUUGCUCCAACUACUAGAAUAUUUCAGUGUCUUGUGAACUUCUUCGAACCAGUGGUGACCUGUUCGUGUUGGAUGUGUUUUUGUGACGACGGGGAGGAAAAUGUUGCCAUCAUCGUCUAACAAACGGCCGCGUAGUGAGGGGCGCGGGCCACUGAACAACGGGCCGAUGCACACCCGGCCGCUCGUCGCUCUGCUGGAUGGAAGGGAUUGUUCGAUUGAAAUGCCGAUUUUGAAAGAUGUUGCUACCGUGGCGUUUUGCGAUGCACAGUCGACGGCUGAGAUUCAUGAGAAGGUGUUGAACGAGGCGGUGGGAGCCCUCAUGUGGCACACCAUUACCCUCACGAAGGAAGAUCUCGAGAAGUUCAAAGCGCUCAGGAUCAUUGUCAGAAUUGGAUCAGGAGUUGACAACAUUGAUGUCAAGGCGGCUGGAGAGUUGGGAAUUGCAGUGUGCAAUGUACCCGGCUAUGGAGUUGAGGAAGUGGCGGACACCACGCUUUGUCUAAUUCUGAAUCUCUACCGACGAACUUACUGGCUGGCUAACAUGGUGAGGGAUGGAAAAAAGUUUACUGGUCCUGAACAGAUUCAGGUACGGGAGGCUGCCCAGGGGUGUGCCCGGAUACGUGGCGACACGUUGGGCAUUGUUGGUUUGGGCCGUAUUGGCUCUGCGGUUGCAUUGAGGGCUAAAGCCUUUGGCUUCAAUGUCAUCUUUUACGACCCAUAUCUACCGGAUGGUAUUGAAAAAAGCUUGGGAGUCACGAGGGUGUACACGCUGCAAGAUCUCUUGUUUCAGUCCGACUGUGUGUCACUUCAUUGCACUCUUAAUGAACAUAAUCAUCAUCUCAUUAACGAGUACACACUCAAACAAAUGCGACCAGGAGCAUUUUUGGUGAACACGGCCAGAGGAGGACUGGUGGACGAAUCAGCAUUAGCUUCGGCACUCCGGGAGGGUAGAAUAAGAUCUGCAGCAUUGGACGUUCAUGAAAAUGAACCAUUUAACGUGUUCCAAGGACCACUGAAAGAUGCACCUAAUCUAAUCUGCACUCCUCAUGCUGCAUUCUUCUCGGAUGCUUCUUGCACUGAAUUAAGGGAAAUGGCGGCUUCAGAAAUUCGGCGCGCCAUCGUGGGAAGGAUCCCAGAUUCUCUGAGAAACUGUGUCAACAAAGAGUAUUUUAUGGGGGGUUCGACCGGCACUGGCGGGUCAGGGUUCCCUGAUGGAUUAAAUGGGAGUUACUAUGCGGCAGCAGCAGCGGCUGCAGGCGCCGGUCCAGGCGCAGCACUACAAGCAGCUCAUUCCACUACGGCCAAUGAAUCAGGGAAUCAACCACCAUCCCUGUCACACUCACGUCCUGCUGUUUAAAAUUAUAUUUACAGCCUUUCUAUAAACAUGUUUCCUUUGAUAAAGCAAAACUUUAAGAUUUUUUUUUAAAAUACGUGAUUCUUACAUAUGAGUCUAUCUGUAUUUGUUUUAUAUAUCUAUCAUUGUCGUUAUGUCAGUGGCUAAAUCUUACAAUGAAAUAUUUUGUCUGCAAAUAAAAUAAUUAUCCACAUGUA